GGUUCGUGCGCAUGCGUGGUCGGCGGUGGGAUGAGGGGCCUUGUAUCCCGGCAGCUCGUGCUCCCGUCGCCCCUCGGCUUAUGGCGGGCCUGCUCGGCCCCCGGCAACGCGCGGGUACUCGGCCCGCUGGCAUGCCCGGAGACUCCUCGGCCUGCCCGUGUUGCCUGCGGCGGCCCCUCCCUCAUCACCACGCCCAUCUUCUAUGUGAAUGCGAGCCCCCACAUCGGGCACCUGUACUCGGCGGUGCUGGCGGACGCCGUGUACCGCUCCAAGGUCUUAGGCGGGCAUGAGGUCAGGUUCACAACAGGGACAGAUGAGCAUGGCCUGAAGAUUCAACAAGCUGCAGAUGCUGCAGCUGAAGACCCAUUGGAAUUUUGUUCCAGAGUGUCCAAAGAUUUCAGGAUGUUAUUCCAACAAUCCCUAGUUUCAUACACCGAUUACAUUCGAACCACAGAAGAGCGUCACAAAAAUGCUGUCCAACAUUUUUGGUGUGUCUUGCGUGAGAAAGGAUACCUCUACCAAGGGACAUAUGAGGGAUGGUAUUCUGUUCCAGAUGAGACAUUCCUGUCUGAUUCGCAAGUUGUGGAAAGAAAAGGCUCAGAUGGGAAUAUUAUUAAAGUGUCUUUGGAAAGUGGACAUAAGGUAGAAUGGACUAAAGAAAAAAAUUACGUGUUCAGACUGUCUAAGAUCAGGCCUAUGUUGUUAGAGUGGUUAAAGGAGAAUCCACAUGCGAUAUAUCCUGAAAAAUUCCAUCACAUUGUUGUCCAUUGGCUUCAGGAAGAAAUUCCAGACUUAUCAGUGUCACGACAGAGGAAUCGUUUGAAGUGGGGUAUCCCAGUUCCUGGAGAUUCAACGCAAACAAUUUAUGUGUGGCUCGAUGCCUUAGUUAAUUACCUUACUGUAGCAGGUUACCCAAAGGAUCACAAUCAUUUGUGGCCUAGAGUAAAACACAUUGUUGGAAAAGAUAUUCUUAAGUUCCAUGCUGUAUAUUGGCCUGCUUUCCUGAUGGCAGCUGGUCUGCAAUUACCAAAGCAAAUCUGUGUACAUUCACAUUGGACAGUCAAUGGCCAGAAGAUGUCCAAAAGCCUUGGAAAUGUUAUUGAUCCCCUGCAACAAUUUUCUGUGUACACUGCUGAUGGCUUCAGAUAUUUUUUGCUACGGCAAGGUGUACCAGAAACAGACUGUGACUAUUAUGAUGAUAAAGUGCUUAAAGUUCUAAACGCAGAGCUUGCAGAUGCAUUGGGAGGCCUCCUUAACCGGUGUACAGGCACACGCAUGAAUCCUGACCAAAUCUACUCACAUUUUUCAAACCAGUGUUUUCCUAAAAUGCCCUGCAUGGGUGAUUCAAGCAGAGCAACAACUGAGGAUUACACAAUGAUCCAGUUGGUUGAGCAACUUCCUUUAAAAGUUGAGCAUUACUUUGAAAAUUUUCAAAUUUAUAAAGCUCUGGAAGCUAUCAGUUUUUGCAUUCGGUUAACCAAUGGCUUUUUCCAACGGCAUGCUCCCUGGAAACUUGACCGAAAAAGCAUUGAAGAUUGUUGCUGGUUGGAUACAAUACUUCAUGUGACUUUGGAGUGCUUACGCAUUUAUGGAACCCUUUUACAGCCAGUGAUCCCAACAAUUGCUGACAGAUUGCUUUCGCGGUUGGCUGUUGGACUACAGGAACGAAGUUGGAGACAAUUGAAUUUCUUGGCUAAAUAUCAUAAUAAUGUAUGUCUUUUUGAAGGAAGAAAACUGGGGCCUGAUCCAGGACUUCUGUUCAACAGAUUAGAAAGGACUUAUAAAGAACAAAGCAAAGAUCAAGACAAUUGUAAAAUGAAGAAAGUGCAACAUAUUUUAAAAUGAAUUUGAACUACUAAAUUUCAACCACAUGUUUCUGAUGUCCUCAACAUAUUGUAGAUUUGUUGGCAGUGAUAGUACUUUCAAUAUUAUAAUAAUGUUGAUAUAAAAUACUUUUACACUCAA